GGCUCGAGCUUCGGCAGUUGCUUGCGGGUCGACCAGCCGCCAGCAUGUUGCAGGCGUUCAGAGGCUCGCGAGCACCUGCCUGGCGCACGGCGCGCCCCUUCGCCAGCUGCGACCGCUGCGGGGCGUCGCCCCUGCCCGGGCCGGAGUUCUUCUGGUGCCAGGGCUGCGCGGCCGUCCCGCCCGCGAGCUCCGCCGCCAGCGUGGACUACUUCGAGGCCCUGGGGUUCCCGACCCAGUACGACGUGGACUGGUCCACGGUCGGCCCCCGCUUCCAGAGGCUGCAGGCGCGCUUCGAGGAGCUGGCGCGGCAGGGCGCCGAGGUGCCGGCCGUCGAGGCCUACGUUCAGCGGUGCAUGGAGGCGGCGAGGGAGCUCCGAGAGCCGCUCUCGCGCGCGGAGCACCUGCUCCGCCUCCGGGCGGCGCGCGCUCCGGACCGCCUCGCCGAGCCCGCUCCCGAGGUGAGAGCCCUUGAGGACCAGGCGCUCUCCGCGGAGGUCGAGGACUCCGCCGCCCUCGCGCGGGUGAUGGAGCGGAACGCGGAGGGGCGCAGGCUCGCGGAGGCGCGCCUGGUCGAGCUGCUGCAGGGGGAGCAGUGGGAGGGCGCCCGGCGCUGCCUGGAGGAGGUGUGGCAGCGCGACAGGCUGCGGCGGAGACUGGAGGACCUGGCCAUCGAGAACUGUGAGGCCGCGACGCCCGCCCACUCCUCCACGGUGGGUGGCGUGGAGUGACGGGUGGCGCCGUUGCCUCCCUCGGAGCCAGCAGCGUGGCCGUCGCGCGUCUUGCGUCCAAAGGUGUGACGCGGUUGUAUUGGUUCUUGAGGGUGUUCGUGUCCAGUCGUUGGGAAGGUGCACAUUGCUCACUCGAUCUGCAUCCAGGAGCGCCGCAGUCUGAGCAGGAAACGGCGGAGGAAGAAGACAACCAGGGAGAG